AUGGACAGAAAGUCUGCUAGAAUAAAAGCAGAGUUACAAAGAUAUGGUUGGAGAGUUUCGAAGAAGUUUAAAUAUAAGAAAGGAAAACCCAUAAAAGUCUAUGACAAACUGGCUGGUCUGACCUACGAAUUAGAUUUGGAAACAGCACGUGCCAAUUAUCCAAACAGACUAGAGAGGUUAGAAGAAGAACGUCUUAUGGACAUGCCUUUCGAUGUUAGUGAACCUCAAGUUGAAGGACACGACGGCUUUGCCAGAUUCUACUGGAAACAUGACGAACAAUUGCAUCCUUUGAGAAGGAAAAAAGGAAAAGGUGAAGACGCACAUGCUCCCAUGGAAAGAACAAGAUAUGCAUAUGAAAAGUAUCGUGAAGUUAGAAGUCAAAUUACAUCUGGUCGAACCUUUACAGUAAACUUUGACGAAGGAAAGAACAAAGAAGGCUUCAUGGGAGUACUUGCUGCAAUUCAAGACGGAAAUAAGAAAGGACACAAUCUCAGAUUGACCAUAACAGAUUUGGAUGGUCACAUUUACUAUGCACAUGGCAAUGAACAAACAGCCGCAAAACUUCUUGACGCUUUCAAGACUACAAAGAGAGAACAAAUGGUUGACUCCGACUCAGACAUUUUGAAUGCAAUUGAAGGAAUUGCAAGUGUCAAGUUCGAAUGGUACCAACCUAACCCUCAAGCAGUCAGACAACAUGCUGGAUACUUCCCGUUCAUAAAUAAGUCUGACAUUGACUUGACAAGGUAUGGAAUUUACAAUUCAAUUGAAACAAUUGUCAACGAACCUUGCAUUCUUACAUGUCUCAGGAACUCUGGUCUUGUUACAGAUGAGAAGAUGAAGUAUCUUGAGUCAUGUGUGAAGACAAGGUACAUUCUCAGAGGUCAAUUGGCAAAAAUUGCACCGUUGGCAAAUGUCAAUAUCCGAGUCAACAUACCUACAGCUAAAGGUUCUUCACAUGACGACUAUGUUGUUGACAAAGACUUACCAUGGUUGAAGAUUGUAAUUGUCCACAACCACUUCAUGUUGAACGAAAGUCUUACAAACCCAUUCUUUGGUAAAAGUAAGUGCAACAUUGUCAGA